CCCCGGGGCCGGGCCGCCCACACCGAGCCGCGGCGCGCGCGGUGGCUGUCCCGCCUGCCACAAUGCGCGGCGAGGCUGCGGCCGCGACUUGGGGCGGUCGUCCCUAACGUCGCCACUCGGCAUCCUUAGGACAGGCCUCCCCUGACGCCCCGCGGGGACCCCACUCGCCCGAGCCCCCCAUGCGCUCACUCUUCGGUGCCCAGCCAGGCGGGCGCCUCGCAGACGCGGAGCCGCGCGGGUGACGGCAGAGGCGGCUGCGCGCCCAGCCCAGCCCGCGGAGAGGGCGCGCCGCGCCCCCGCCCCCCGCCAGCUCUCCGGAGGCCGUGGGUGCGGAUGCGCCGCUGACGACUCGCAGCGACCAGCAGUGCCGCCCGCCCGCCUGAGCCCGCAGCAUGGCAGCCGCCGCCUAUGUGGACCACUUCGCCGCCGAGUGCCUCGUGUCCAUGUCGAGCCGCGCGGUCGUGCACGGGCCGCGGGAGGGGCCGCAGCCCGGACCCGAGGGCGCGGCCGCUGUCGCCGCCACGCUGCCCCGCGUCGAAGAGCGCCGCGACGGCAAGGACAGCGCCUCGCUCUUCGUAGUGGCGCGGAUCCUGGCGGACCUUAACCAACAAGCGCCGGCACCCGCCCCCGCGGAACGCAGAGAGGGCGCCGCGGCCCGGAAGGCGAGGACCCCCUGCCGCCUGCCGCCCGCGCCACCACCCGCCCCCGAGCCCGCCUCCCCCGGCGCCGGUGGCGCGGCGGCCGCGCCCCUCAGCCCGGCGUGGAGCGAGCCCGAGCCCGAGCCCGAGGCGGGGCUGGAGCCGGAGCGAGAGCCGGGGCCCGCGGGGAGCGGCGAGCCCGGCCUCAGACAAAGGGGCCGGCGGGGUCGAAGUCGCGCCGACCUCGAGUCCCCGCAGAGAAAGCACAAGUGCCACUACGCGGGCUGCGAGAAAGUUUACGGGAAAUCCUCGCACCUCAAGGCGCACCUGAGAACUCACACAGGGGAGCGCCCCUUCGCCUGCAGCUGGCAGGACUGCAACAAGAAGUUCGCGCGCUCUGACGAGCUGGCACGGCACUACCGCACGCACACGGGCGAGAAGAAGUUCAGCUGCCCCAUCUGCGACAAGCGCUUCAUGCGCAGCGACCACCUGACCAAGCACGCGCGCCGCCACGCCAACUUCCACCCGGGGAUGCUGCAGCGGCGCGGCGGGGGCUCGCGGACCGGCUCGCUCAGCGACUACAGCCGCUCGGACGCCAGCAGCCCCACCAUCAGCCCGGCCAGCUCGCCCUAAGCCCUGAGUGCAGGCGGUGGGGCGGGGCGGGGGCGGGGGCGGGCCCCGCGGCCUGCGGCAAGCCACGCCCCAUCCUUACCACGCCCACCCCCAGGCCCCGCCCAGCCCCGCGGCCCCUCCUCCUUACCAUAGCCAUGAGCAGAUGCUCUCACUUCCUCCGGUGAUUCCGUGUCGUUUCCUUUUGUAAUCAGAAGAGAACUUUAUGAAGUCAAUGACAACAAAAAAACGAUUUUCUUCACCUCAGGUGUCAAAUUUGUAAAAAAACGACGAAAAAAUUCCAAAAAACACCAUCCACGAUUGCACAAGAGACAUACCCACGAAGGUGAUGCAGCGGUGUUGAACCCCCCCUUUCUCAGGGAUGGACAUGUUCCACGAGGUCAGUGAGGACACCCCCUUCCUGCCGCCUUACUCUGUACAUAGAUUUGCACUCUGGAAUUUCCUUUUAGGUUUGGGCACACACUUGGGGCAAGGCAGUGCAGGUGGAGCUCAGCGCAGGCGGCGGAUAGGCCGGUCGGUUCGUUUGGAGCCGUGGUCACCGACCUUGUGCUUCCAGCUUCAUCCUCGCCCCAGCUGGCAGUGGGCUCAGAAUGCAGGCGGCUCAGAGGGACGCCUUAAGGCGUGAUGGGUAAAGGGGAGCACUCCCCAGGGAGACUGUAGGGGUCCUCGCCUCCGGGACCCUGCCCAGUUCCCCCUCGGAGCGCUGGAAGCAGAGAUGCAAACCCGUGUUGGGCAGCCGGCUGCACCAUCUGACGUCCGCAUGGCCAGGGCCCCCGCCCACUGCUGUGUCCCUGCAGAAGGCCCCAGGACCUUCCACUAUUACAGCACGUUCUCUGACUGGCCUCCUACAAGGGUGUCCGAAGGUGUCAUUGGUGCGUCCAGUUCCCACGUUCUCCCCGACUGGCCCUGCUCUUGGGGUGCCUUUGUUUGACACGAUGGGUAAAGCGGGGCCACCCGGACAGACGCUCUGUGUGUGUGGCUUGCUGUGGCCGCGCUCGGCACUUCACAGAGACUGUUCCGUAGCAAGAGACCGGAACAUUGUGACUUGGAACGUUGGGGGGUGGCGAGGCGGAUGUCAUGGGAAAUGCAGUCGGAGAACGUGCAUUCUCUUUCCUCCCUGGGGAGCACCGGACGCAAGUUGUGGGAAACGCUUUUUUCAGACCCACCGUGUCCCCAGCUCAGAAUUGGCGAACCCUCAGCUUCUCCAUGAGCCCUGUGUCCCCUGGACUCCUCCCUUCCCCUCCUCCUUUUCCCCUCCUACCUAGGAGGCCCCGGCCUGUGGGGCACUAGGGUGCAGGGCCCCCACCGCCAGCCUUCCCGUGCUGACGGGGGCGGGCAGAGAGCCGGGGACGUCUCUCCCGGAGCUCUGACCUGGGCAGGUGGGUCAGGCUGGGCUCCAGUGCACUCCUCAGUGGAGAGCUGAAGCCACCACCUGCCCAGUCACCUCCCUUCCCUUCCUCCAGGGAGUCGGGGCCUGUAAAUACAAGUCCCCAGGACAGUGUGUGUGAGUGUGUGUGUGUGUGUGUUGGGGCAGGGAGUGUGGGUUUGGGAAGGACUUGGGGUAUCUUGCAGAGACCUCUGUUCAUUUCGAUGAGGAGGAAUGAUCCUUGGGACCUCAGAGGGCCGUAGAGGGGCUUCCCUGAGCCCAGAGUGCCUUGGUUGUGGUCAUCCUGCUUCCACCCCCAGCCAGUCACGGCGAGGGAUGCAGCACAGAGGAACCCCGGAGACCCAGGCCCAGCUGGUGCUCGUAGCCCCUGGGCGGCUCCAGAGCAGAUGGGCACCCUCUGUCCCUAGCAGCCAGGGGCAGGCAGUCUGCUGUCUGCAGCACUCCAGGUGCCCAUUUCUAACUCUGCUGUGUGUUAGCUGGGAUCAGCCAGUGGUGUGGUGGUGGCUUCUGAGUAGCAUGGUAGCUCCUGAGCUGGGCAGGAGCAUUGCUCUUGGCUAUGGGUGGGAACCAGGCGGGAAUGGCGUGGGGUGAGGGGGUGGCCCCACCCUGGCUCUCUCUGGGCUGUGUGACAGCCAUGCUCACAUUUGGUCCAGGAGAGAGAACGGGACAUGCUGGCCACCUGGAUGGAGCCACGCCCUGAGCACCUGGGGUGAGAGCUCUUCACGCCCGGUUCCAAAGUGAGGCCCUCGGAGGUCCCUCCCAAAGUUGUUUCUGGGUGGGGCAGAGAAAGCCACACUCCGAAUACACUUCAUGUCUCAGGAACUCACAUUCCAGGUUCAGGAAUUUUAUUCCAAAGUCCUUUGGUGUGCUUGCCACGCACCGGUCCCUGAAGGCAGGGAGAAGGAGCCACGUGCCCCGAGGGGCCAGGCUUCUUGUGACCUGCCCGCAGCGUCGCAGAGGAAGAAGGGUUUGCGACCCCCUUGCUCUCUGCGUAUAGAAAGGGGGUAAAAGGACUCUAAACCCAGUCAUCGUGGAAUAAAAGAAGAGUGGUUUGUUUUAGAGGCGGGGUGGGGGGGUGGGGGAGGGAGAGCGGGCGUUUGCUGUUUCCAAAGAGAGCACUUAAUUUAAUGUUUCCUCUAAGUGACCCAGGGCUGUUCCGUCUGAUAGAUGGAAGGGUGACAUUGCCUUAAAACAGAAAUAUGCAGGCGUUGGCUAUUUUCGGCAGAUGAGUGUGUCUUCGUUCCCAAAGUAGUUCUCGUCUAAUGGCAGGGUGCGGUCCUUCUGAAGUGGGCCUGGCUGGGAGACAGACCACUGCUCUUCUGCCUCAGGGCACCUGGAGGGAACUCCUCCUGCCUGGCGGCCCCAAGCACUCGGCCUGGGGUUCCAGCCAGCAGGCAGCCUGAUUCAUCUGGGGCUAAAAUUCAUCUCACUUGAAGGGUGGGAAAAAUCCAUGUAUCUCAGGCUAAGUUCGAAUGGGCUCUUGCUAGCAUCUCAUCAUCACGACACGUGGAGUGCGUGUGGAAGAGAAGAGUGCGUGUGGCAGGCCCCGGAAGGCCGUGCUCGCUCAGACCCCCUGCGGAAAGCAGUUACACGGUGGGCGACCCUGCUGAACAGCCUGCAUUUUUUUCUAAGAUGUAGAAUGUCUUCCCGGCCUGGGUCUGUUUCAGGGUCUUUCAUUUUUCUGGUUUAUGGCCAUGCUUGCUGGCUUCAGUGUGACUGAGGAAACCCCCCCAGGACUCCUAGAAACAGUAGUGAAAACUCACACCUUUCUUUUGUGGCCGACUCCAGUGCUUGCAAGGCCAAGGGGGCAGAGAUCUGAAAACAAAGGUCGCCUGAGUGAAGGGAGAGUCCCCCUGCAAAAAGGCCUACAAGUGACCCUGGACUCGCCCAGGGGGCUGGUGUUCAGCCCGUGCCCCGAACAAGGAAGCCCUCUUUGCAUCAGCCGUAUUAGGGUUGUCAGCUCCCCACACACCUACCCUAUUCUACAGCCCCUGGGGAAAACGCAGCCCCUGCCACAAAGGGCCCUGGGGUCCUCUCCUGUUGGGUGCUAUGUAGGAAUGGGCAGUGAUGCCCGCGAUGGGAAUGUGGUCCUGGAGGUGCCCUACCUACAUCCUGCUGCACCCCACCCACGGCACUCGGGGCGCACGAUGCCCCCCCUUUACUCUGAGGCCAUGCAUCCGGACAGGUGCAGGAUUCGCCAGGGUGCAGCCUCCAGGUGCAAACUGCAGCAGCACUGGGGUCCCCAGACCUCCCCAUGCCCUGGGUCACAGCUCAGACCAGGGAAGGUGAUUCAGAGGUGGGGACAGACAGCUGGGCCACCGGUGGCCCCCAGCCCUCUUCUGGGGACACGCAGACAGGGCUGGUGGCUUUCUGGGGUCCAAGUGAAGUGCGGCAGAAGCGGGGUCUCCAAGUCUCCUUCCCCCCAGCCCAGAGUCUCCAGAAGACUGGCCGCUUUUCUUGCCAGAAGCAGGUGCUAAGGUGGCUGCCAGCGUCAAAGCACGCCCCAGGGACUCGUCCCUAGAGCCCAGCAAACGAGAGGGCCACCGAACAGGGAAGCAUGAUCUGAGCAAUAGUGUCCCCUCAUUUCUCAACUCCUGGUUUCGGCUGUGUUUACAAGGCUACCUGAUGUUUUUGACUUCUGACAGCUGUCACUUUUUUUUUUUUUUAAACCCUUUUUCCAAAGUCAUGUAAAGACUGAGUGCUGGAAGGUUUGAAGGGCCUGACAUAUCCGUCACGUUGCAGCCGGUAAGAAAUGCUUUGCAGGUCACCCACAUCUUUCUGUCCAAAGAUUCCACGUGCGAUUCUGGUGACCAUAUUUUCCAAAGCUAAAAUCAAGGGUGUGGGCUGACCCUUUUUGAAUUCAGGAUCACCCUGGGAAAAGCCAGGUCCUGUAACUGAUUUUCCCGAUUCUGAGGCUGAGUUUCACAAGUUUGUCCCAGACACAUCCCAGAGAAUUUUGUACCAGGAUUCGGAUGCACAAUCCAGCUUACUACUGAUUAAUGCCUGAACACCUUUUAGGGAGAGGCCCUUCCCCCACCUGCUUACUCUGUCUCAUCAGAAGAGUUGGACUUGGUGGGAGGCGUGAGCCCGGGGCCACACUUGGUUUCUACUGACCCCCGUCGAGGUAUUGGACUUGCAGUGUUCCCCCGACCCCACCCAGCUUCUCCCCUUCUUAUGCAGCUUUAAAACCUUAUUCCUUUUAUUUAAAGAUGAACAGGAUGGGAGAAAGUGGCUUCCCCUGCCCUGGGCAUCAUGCAUUCCCUGUGGGGGACACAGGAUGCGUGGGGGCCGGUGGGGCCGUGUAAGCAGCUUUCUCUCAGGGCUCGGGAUGUCUUCCUAGUGACAUGGCGACAGGCUGCUGCAUGUGCUCGUUUGGAAACCAAGCUGAAUGCCUGCCUGGCAACCACAGGUCUGGGUGAAGGCCGUCUCUCCCACUCAGCCCAGGGCCGCCUGUCCAGGGCCAGAUGCCUCCCUCCCCAGCCUGCCUUCCACGGAGCAGGGGGCCACUCCCCAGUGUGGCUCAGACACCCAAGGGGAGGCAUCCAUUCCUGGGCCAGGGUGCCUGUCUGGGUGUGUGGGUGGGAGGCUUUGCUCCCUCGCCUCACCUUGGAGAGUCCCUUGUGCCAAGUGCAGAGGACCCUGAGGGCUGGAGGCGUCGCUCUCCCGAGCAGCUGUGGGUUGUCGGGCGCGGGCCGCUGUGGCUCCCACAGGGCCGGGAAUUGCUGUGUGGGUGGGCUGGGUGCACGCCGGGUCUCCGCUGCCCCAGGACUCUGCACAAAGGGCCCCUCCUCCUCCCAAAGCCAUUGAUGGAACUUUUCUGGAAUUGUUUGCCAAAAUCCCAAGGUAGAAUCCAAGGGUCCAAGACCAUUUCCAUCGAGCACACGUUUCCUUUUCCAUAGGAACUUUUUUUGUUGUUU